UAGUGGACGGAGACCUUUUGUGACUCUCGUGAGAAAUAAUUGAGAGAUAAUUCAUUUGUGAAACUUGUUAGGGAUUACGUGUGAAUAUUUUUUUGCAAGUGAGUGAGAAUUAAAAAGGGUGAAAUGAAAGAUAUAUAUUAGGGAACAUUUUUUUUUUUUUUCAAGAACAAGCUAUUGAGACGGAACACGUGUAUAAAAUACAGAUGGAAGCCUUGUUCUGAUAGUUGUCAGCCAUGCAGACGAAAAACGUAAAUGUGGCUCAACCAACAGCCAACAAAAAUGAGAAGAACGCCGUAGCAGCUGCAACAGUGAACGUGGCGCACCAAAAUGGCCAGGCAGUGAACGGCUCGGCAGUGAACGGCUCUGGGGUCAGUGUCGCUGCUCUGAACGGCCAGACGAGUGUCCCCAUCAUGAACGGCAUGAACGUGAACAACCACUCCCACACGAUGAACGGCACCGCAGCCAACAGCAUGGCCAUGAACGGCAGCCUCAUGAACGGCGCGGGAAUGAACGGGCAGAUUACGUCAUCGCCAGCCUCGCCCUAUCAGCACCUGCCGGUCACCUCGACCAAUCAGCAUCUCGUUGUCUCCUCGCCCUAUCACCCCGUGACGUCAGCGAAUCAGCUGAUUGGUUCUUCAUCGGUGACGUCAGCGAAUCAGCUGAUUGGAUCCUCAUCGGUGACGUCAGCGAAUCAGCUGAUUGGGUCUUCAUCGGUGACGUCACCUUACCAGCCCCCUCCCCUCCCCCCCCGCGUCGGGACUCACCGCCCAGCUGCCGACCUUCCGCAGGCGUCGCACCCGCCUCCCUCAGGAGGCGUGCACAGCGUGUACAAACCUGUACCCCCCCCGAAGCCGUACAGCAGCUCAGCAUCCGCAGCACACACGGGGCCCGGCGCUGCCCUCAGCACGGAGGGGUCGGCGCUGCAGGCAGGCCCCCCCCCCUUGCUGCCCCACAUUCUCGUCACGGAUCAGGGGCAUUUCCACACGCACUCGACGAAGUUUCCUAUCGAGACCAAGGAGGGCCCCGUCAGCCUCUUUGCCCGCAGCCCACCUCGCCUCUCCGCGGGGCGCUCGGCCACCCUCGGUCGCGGCGUGGGCGGGGUCUCUGACCUGACCGCCGCGAUGGGCGUGCCGGCGAAGGGCAGCACCUUACCACGCUCCACUCGCAUGCCAUCGCUACUCGAUCUGAGGCCGCCCGCGCACUCAGCCGCCGCGCCUCACACCCACACGCAUCACGCCCACGGGCCGCCUCACUCCCACGGGACCGCGAGCGUCGAGGACCGAGACCAGCUGUUGGGCGCAGACCAGCGGCCGCCACGCUAUCUCGACGGCAUUGACAACCCCGCUCUCGUGGACGACGCUUCAGAAAAUGCAGAUAGUUAUUCGUUUAUGGAAAGUGUUAUUAUAUGA